AUGGCAUCGUCGCCGAACAUCACGAGGUACCGUUUCUUGGCUGCUAAUGUCAUCCCUCUCAUUCGGGAGCUCAACACGCAACUGAAUUUUGAGAAAUCGUACGCCGUUAUGGAACGCGCGUUUAAGCGGGGUGUCAACUACUUCGACACUGCAGAAGCCUAUGCUGGCGGUCAAUCCGAGCGUUUUAUGGGGAAGAUCAUUGCAACGGGCAUUAAACGAGGCGUGUGGAGCCGAGAGGAUCUCGUCAUGAGCACCAAAAUCUUCUUCGGCACCAAGCACGGGACUGAUCAAAGGGCGGGGCCUAACGAGCAGGGACUCAGUCGUAAACACAUCGUGGAAGGCACCAAGGCCUCGCUAAAGCGUCUCGGGCUUGAAUAUGUUGAUACCAUUUUCUGUCACCGACCGGACCCGUGCACGCCAAUUGAGGAGACUGUGCGGGCAAUGAAUUACGUGAUCAAACGCGGCUGGGCUUUCUACUGGAAAACGAGCGAGCGGAGCGCACGCGAUAUCAUCGAAGCGUGCGAGAUCGCAGACCGUCUAGGUCUCAAUCGACCGGUGAUACCUUGUAGCUGGGUGGAUGAUAUUGGCGGUGCCAAACUGACAAAGUAUGCACAACAGGCGUUCGAUCAACCGCAGUACCACAUCCUCGAACGCUCGCAUGUCGAGUUGGACUACUAUGUGCUCUAUGAGGUCGCAAAAGCAGACAAGUUGGCAACAAUCGCAAAGGAAAUUGGAUGCACCCUCGCCCAACUGGCAAUCGCUUGGUGUGUUUCCAAUGAGCAUGUGUCAACAGUCAUCCUGGGUGCAUCUAGCGUGGCGCAGCUCGAUGAAAACCUCGACUCUCUCAACUUUGUGGACAAACUAACACCAGAGAUUCGAGCCAGAAUUGACGAGAUCGCCGAUGUGCGUCUGUCGAUCCCUGUUCCGAAAGCGAGACUGCUUGCAAUGCGUGAACAGUGGCUGUAG